ACAAAAUGCAUGUUUUCUGCCUCUCGACCGUAAUCAGCGCCGAACAAUGGCCAACCCCUCUGGGAAAACUAAAACAAAGACAUAUUUGUGAUAUUUCACAACACUAGAAUCAAAAUACCACUUCGGUCUUCUAAGUCAACUUUCAACGCUCAAAAUCAAGAGGUCCUGACUAGAUCAUAAAAAUGACAGUCGGUAUGUUUCUGAUGAGUGGUGUAGCACUGCUGACGAUUUUGCCGCUUGCUACGGCAGAAACCGUACUGGAGAAUGAAGAGACUUUGUCAAUCCUAGCCUACGUGUUCUUGGCAAUGUGUGUCAUUAUUCUACUGAUAGCAAUCAUUGUGCCUAUGAUCCUUUACAGGAGACUCAAGAACCAAGCGACGCUGAACUCGGACUUCGAUUCAAGGUACACGUCGAGGAAGGAAAAUAUCCCUAUGGGGGUAUAUGGUGGCUACGCCCAAGCACGUCCUGUCAGUAAGGUCUACAUCCCAGGAGACGACCAUGACAACAACGGGACGACAGACAGCGCGUACGCCACGCUAUCGAAGCAAGAUAACACGUACGAAAAACUCCAGGGCGACACGGCCAAUGGGAACUACGAACAAAUACAGGCCAAAAAUAGCACGUUCGCAAGUCCCCAGGCGAAGGAUAACGCAGCGUAUGAGAAUAUAAACGGAGACCACUAUGACACCGCUGACGCGACGCAGGCUCAGUACGAUAAUCCAGAAGCAGCGGCCGCGUACGAUAACCCGGUGAUGAUGUCUGACGACGCCCAGCUUAAACGAAAAAAAUAGUUCUUCCUCCUAUUGAAAGGAAAUAAAGAUCAAACAAGGCCAAGGACACAAGAUGAUCUAAAUAGUUUUGAGAACAACUCGUCCUGCUAAGACAACAUAACCAAAUGCAUCUUUUGAAUACUUUCUGAGCUGGAUAAUGUAGAAAUUGCUUAGCCCAUUCGUGAAUUCUCAAGUAUAUCUUUUCUGCUAAUUUAAUAGGUGUUUACAAUUGGAGAUUCAACAGCGCAUGCAAAUGAAAUAAUACUUCGUUUAUGGAUUAAGGGUGCGCACUGUUACCACUAUUCUUUUUUUGUAUCAAAUAUUAAGUAUGUUAGAUCACACUGUGUUGAUAAACUAAAA